CGUCCAACGUCUCGUGACGUCAAACCACUUCCCCUUCGCUAUGGCGGAUUGCAUGUCAACUGAUUUGUGUGAGUGUAGUCCAACCGUGCUUUGACCGCAAGUUUUAACAGAAUUGUGCACAAUGGAUGGAGUGGAAUACUACCGAGCGCUGUACAAGUACGUACCCAAAGAAAACGGGGACGAGGCUGAGGAGGAAAUCUCUGACAUCCCAUUGGACAAAGAUGAUAUCCUGGAGGUCAAACAACCAAUCAAUGAUGACAUCCAAAAUCCAAAGGGGUGGCUGAUUGGUUACAAUCAAAACCAGAAGAUUUGUGGGUAUUUCCCGGGGCCUUAUGUAGAGCACAUCACUCCUCAGAUGAUCAAGCAGGCCCCACAGAUAGAUUUACCCAAGAUUCCACAUCGCCUGGUAGACAUAUAUGUGAUACAGCCAGUUCUAUGCCACUACUGUGACGAUUAUAUGUGGGGAUCCAAACAGGUCGGCAAAAAGUGUGAAGGAUGUGGAAAACAUUGUCACAAUGAAUGUUGGAAUGCCCCAGAAAAUGCUGACUGUCACCGAGAGAGAGUGACCAAUCCACCUGUUACCUAUGACAAAGAACAGCCAAUUGAGAAGUGGAGCAAUCGUAAUGUAGUAGACCUUCUAGCAUGUCUCAACCUCUACAGAUAUGCCCAACUAUUCAAGGACAAGAAAAUAAACGGAGCCCAGCUCAAAGCUAUGAGCAAGGAAGACUUGCAGGACAUUGGAAUUAAAGACGAUUUCCAUCAGUCUGCACUGUUGGUUUGUUUUGAUGAACUUUGUGGCCGAGACACAGAUGAGCAACCUUAUGCCACAAGUCUGCCACCACACGGCACCUGUCCUGUCACAGAAAUUGAAGCUUCUGGGUGUGGCGGUGCUGGGGCCUCGGAGCAGCACCGGUUUUCUGAGUACAGCUUCUCCUCCAUGCAGCGAUGUCAUCUCUGUGACAAGUUCCUUUAUGGCCUGAUUAGACAGGGACUUCAGUGUAGAGAGUGUGGAAUGUGUUGCCAUCGAUACUGCUCAGCAACACAUCAAACAGAGUGCAAUGUGCCAAAGCUGGAAAGACUAAGGCGGCCUAGCUUUUCACAGAAUUCUAGCUUUGGGGCAGAGCUGUCUGAAGAGGUACCUAAAUCUCAGUAUGGCGCCCCCUGGGUUGUUGUCAAGUGCACAGAGGAAGUGGAGAAAUGGUGUCGUAACCAUCAAGCAGAGUCUCUAAGUGUGUAUAGAAUGUUUGCCAAAACUGAAGAAAUAAAUGCCAUCAAAAUGGAGUUUAACAUGGUAGAUGAUCCCUCCCAGAUCAGUCUUGGUUCUCACAAUGUCCACUGUGUGGCAGGGGUACUAAAAAAGUAUCUGAGGGAACUCCCCAAUCCUGUCAUACCCGUGGAGAUGUACCAACACUUCAUUCAGGCAGCCCAUAACCCCAGCACAAGGACCCUGUCUGACCUGAUAGAUGGGCUGCCCAGAGACCACAAGUCUACACUCAAGUUCCUGAUGGCCCACUUCCUACGACUGUGGCGGAUCCAACAUGAGUCAGGGGUGGCAGAUGGUUUAGACAAGCUUUCUCAUGUCUUUUGUCACAUUCUUCUCAGGCCGCCAUGGGAAAGAAUAAUAGAGAUUGUGGAAAACACAAAACUUCACAUUGAAAUCUUUGAAGAGUUGCUCAAAAACGGCUCCUGGGGUGAAGUUGCACCUCCUACGCCACCACCCCAACAGCCAAGACCCAAAUCGCCAUUACAAGACACAACAAUGUCUGCCCAGGAGAAACUCAAGGAGGCAGAAUGGUACUGGGGAAAGAUUUCUCGUGAGGAAGUGAAUGAACUUCUUAGUGAUAAAUCUGAUGGGCAUUUCUUGGUCCGUGAGGCCACGACUCCAGGGGACUAUACCCUGACCCUCAGAAAAGGGGGCACCAACAAACUGAUCAAAAUCUACCACAAGGAUGGAAAAUACGGCUUUGUGGAGCCUCUGACUUUUGAUUCUGUGGUGGAAUUAGUACAUUUUUAUAAAAAUACCUCACUGGCAAUUUAUAACAAGACUCUAGAUACCAAGUUAUUACACCCUGUGUCCAACAGAAACCAACAGGAUGGACCUUCUCUCGUCGACAAAACAGAACAAUUGGAGAAAUUAAAACAAGUUCAUAAUGAACACCAAACUAAAAUGGAGGAGUAUGACCGUCUUUAUGAAACCCACUCCAAACUGAAUCAGGAGCUUCAGCUUAAACACCAAGCUCUGGACGCCUUCAAGGAGACAGUCAUCGUCUUCAAGGAACAGAUGGAGCUUCACAGAAGUCACCAUGGCGACGUGCCAAUGCAUGAACUCCAAAAACUAGCAGAGAAUUAUGAAUUACUGAAGAGUCGUUGGUUAAGUAUACAAGAGAGCAAACAAGCUUUAGAGAUAGACAUCAACAAAAAAACAGUGUUGAACCGCUCCCUAAUCAGUGACAUGAACAGUCUAAGACCAGAAAUCAAGAGACUGCACAAACAGCGAGAGCAAAUUCGCAAACUUCUGCAAGAGAAUGGCAUAUCAAUGGAGAGUCUAGAUGAUAUUCUUGAGAACCAGCCAUCCAACCGCAAAGAAGUGGGCAUGAACACCAAGAAGAUGAAUCUGUGGUACGUGGAAGUCAGCAGACAUGAUGCCGAGAACUUGCUGCGAAACCAAAGAGACGGAACCUUCCUGAUCCGACCCAGAACAGAUGGGGACCAGUCCAGCAAGCAUGCUCUGUCUAUUAUGUGCAAUGGUACCGUGGGACACUGUAAGAUAUACCAAAACAACAACGGUUGUUAUGGAUUUACGGAAGGAAACCUGGACAAGUCUUCACUGAUAGAGCUAGUGGACCAUUACAGUCGUGAGUCCUUGAAGGAGCACAAUCCUAACCUGGAUAUUCGGCUCAUUUAUCCUGUGUUUGAGGGCCACGAUGAUAAUUCAGGUGUUUACCUUCACAUGCAUCAAGACUGAGUCAGCACUGACCGCAUAAUCCAGAAAAAAAAUCCUGCUACCCUGGCAGGUGCUACCCAAUGUGUAAUGUCUUUCAUUAUUGGUCGACCUACAGGGGUCACCAUGACGACAAGAGACGUCUGCAGUAAUUAGUGCUCAGUGAAAUGUGACAGAAUGAAACAAUGGCAGAUCGUGCAAUGUCGCAGUACUUGGAGUUUACAUGAACAUCGCUGCGUUAAAAAUGUGAUAUAAUCCAAGAAAAAACACAAGACACUACAAAUUAAGUGCUAGUCAUACAAGUUCAAUUGCUGAGCGAUUAGUGUGAGAGAAGUUUGAGUGACAGAGAAGAGUGUGUGUUCUCAAAGGAUUGAGGACUUUUAGUAUUCAAAUUUUUAUAUUGACCCAGCAUUAUAUCAUUUUGUUUUACUUCAUCACUGGUGUCCUCUACAGUCCAGGACUGUUCUGUGACAUUGUGUUUCAACUUAAACCUUCAGCUUCAGAGAAAUUCUUUCCCUGUCGAGAAGUCAAUUUACUCAUAGGGCAAAUGUUUAAUUCUAGAUGCAGUAUAUUUUAUUGAGAUUUUAUUCUUUUAAUUACAGCUGUUUUAAACUGACUUUGUAAAAUGGCCCUUGGACUCCACUGACCAGUAUCGUCAUUGUAAUCUGUUGUAUGUUUGGACACCUCCAGGUGUCCCUCUUACAUCACCAGUGGCUGGUGACAAAUAAAAUUAUGUGCUUAUGAA